AUGGGUGAUGAUCGUGGCUUUCAAAAACAUGAACCUGCAUUGAGUCUGGACUAUUUCUCGUACGAUGCACUGCUCGCAGAGAUCAGGCUUCGCAGAGCACGAGAAGAUUUCAAUACACAGCGAUCCUUGACAGCGGAGGGAUCCUUGAGGUCAAAAGCCAAUAAAUUUACCAAGUUUAACCAAAACAAGCAGCAAGGGCUGAAGACCGACGCCAAAAAGGAACCAACACCACCCCAUCUAGAGGCGACGAUGAAACUAAACAAGCUGCUAAACGAUAAUCUAGUCGCGGUCGCGAGUUUGCCUCCAGCAACUAGCAGUCCAGCCCCAGCCCCUACACCAUCACCUACUGAACCACCAACAGAGGAACCAGCCAAGAGACUCUUCUAUUGUGGAUAUCAAGAUAUUGGAGAAGUGGCUGCCAAAACCAUCUUUGCAGAUUACCAAGUAAUUGGAAGCUUUGUGCAAAAGUGCCGAACCAAUGGAUGCCAUGCAAAGACCAAUGACGUCCUUCUUUUUGGAAUGCAUGGAAGAUGUGGAGACUUCAAAGACAAUCACUCCCUACUCAUGGAACGAUUUCAGGGGAAAGUGCUGUUCCUUAAUGGUGAAUCCUUCGGAAACGCAAACCAAAUAUCUCCGGAAUCCAGUGACCGAAUCUACCAGCUAGGACCAUACAUGGAACAGCAAUCAUGGCAGAAACAUACUAUGCAUGUCUACUUUUUGGUAUUGGCUUUUUACAAGUUGCCCAGUGACAAACGACAAGCCAUUCUGGAUCCAGCAAAAAAGCCACGCAACACUGGUACAAAACCUGCCGUGGCGUACUUUGCUAGCAAUUGUGUCGACUUUCGACAACAGGCAGCCACGGAAAUUGCCAAGAUACUUCCCCUCCAUUAUGUGAAAGGAUGCCGCAUCUCAAGCAAUGGAACCAUGGCUGAAAUGGUUCCAAAAAACAUUGGUAUGUCGGGCGCCUACGCCAAUGACGACAUUUACAAAGAUUACAAGUACUGUUUGGUCAUGGAAAACACAAAUUAUCCAGGAUACAUCACCGAAAAGAUUCUCAAUGCUUAUGUCGGUGGUUGUAUCCCCAUAUAUUACGGGACUACCGAGAUCUUUGACCUGUUUCACAAGGAUAGCUUUAUCUUUUACAACAUCUCUGAUCCUCAACCAGCUCUACAGCAACUGCAACGGUUGGAGGAGAAUGCAAUGGAGUACAUGCGAAUGCUCUACAAGACACCGGUUCUGGCGUCACCAGAGGUGUUGGAAAAAUACUUUUCUUUGUCGGAUGAUAUUGGAGGAGGAUCCUUGAAAAAGAGAAUACGUGAAAUGAUGGACAUUCCAUUUUCCAGUUGA